UGUGUGUGUGUGUGUGUGUGUUGCCCGUGUGUGUAGGCAGAUAUGCUCGCACCACUACGGAGCAUACUGCGCUACCUGUGCUUCCUCUACAUCCGACUCUUCCUCACCACCUACGUGGAGGAGACGGUGGAGCUGACCGACGCACGACGAUGGCAGGCACCGCCUGGAUCAUCCCCUCCACCCGAUGGCCCUCAGCCGGACACAGACACAGAGCCAGACACAACAGAACCAUACAAGGAUCAAGAUGCAGAUACUCUGCUGUCACCGCCAUCAACAGCGCCGCAACCCUCCACCCGCCUCUCCCUCCCGACUUGGCCAUCGUCCGUCUCACCCGACGACCAUGCCGCCGACGACGACGACGCCAUCAUCCACCCUUCAGCCUCCCGGCUCACGCCGUCAUCGCUCUCAGGAUACUUGCUCAACGCACUGCCGGCCUCCAUACACACCCCGAAUCGGACUCCAACCCGGACGCCGUCCAUCGUCCGCAGACUUCCGGCCGCCCCGCUCGCCGCGCCCGUCGUCACCCCGACAAGUUCGGGCUGCCUCUAUCUCGUUUGGUCCGCCUCACCCGAGGCUGACGAGGCCAACGAGCCGGACGAGCUGCAUGCUGUCGAUCCGCUCGUUGUCCUCACCCACCUCCCGCGUGUUGUCCACACCUCGGUCUUCCUUGCCCCAACUUUUGCCGCCACCGCCACCCCGUUCAUCCGCUGGGUCCUCGCCGGCGCAUCGGUCGUCACAGCCGAUCCGACGACAUCGCCGCUUCGCCACAUCGCCUCGGCCAUUGUCGCCCGCCUCGCCGCCGGCGACGACGUCGUCCUCGGCUCGCUCGGCCUCGAGCAAGCCACACACCGCGAGCUUCUCACCCACGUCCUAACCCUCACUGCCAACGAGUCCCUCACGCCUGCCAUCGUCCCGGUCACCUGCCUCCAUGUCCGCACCUCGGCCACUCGCCGCCGCAUAUUCUUGGUCUUUGCCGAGCUCAUUGCGCCCGAGCCCGAACUUGCUGCGUCUGACCUCGCCGCUGCGCUCUGCGCCAUGUACAUCCCGUCCACUUCCGGUGCCUCCUCGUCGGUCCUCGGCCUCACCCGCGAUCACCUCUCGCUCUGCCAAGCCACGCUCAAGCUCUUGCCCGACCUCGCCCGCGGCGCCGGGUCCGGCGGCACCGCGCCCUGGUGCUACACCCUCCGUCGCUUCACGCACGGCCAGCGCGCCGCCAUCAUUCGCAAGGUCGGCGCCCUCCUCGUCUCUCGCUCUUCGACACCCCACGUCACUGCCUUUGAGUCGUCCACCCUCACCUACCUUGCCGAGCUCGACGGCAUGGGUGUCCGCGACGCCGAGGUCUCGCGCCAGCUCACCGGCCCGGCUCUUGUCGUCCGCCUCGUCAAGGCCCUGGCCGUCUCGCUCGUCCUCGCUCCGCUCUCCAUCGCCGGCGUCGCCUCGCUCCUCCCGGUCUCCGCCGCCGUCUCGCUCGCCGCUCGCCUCACCUCGCACGACGCCGCCGCACCUCGCCUCCGCCACUCCAUUCACGUCUUUUCGCUCUGGCACCUCCUCUACUCGCUCGCCACAUGGUACCUUCUCGGCUGGUCUGCCCUCGCCGCCUCGCUCCUCGUCCUCCCGUUUGUCGGCUACCUCUUCACCCUCUCCACCCACGCCGUUCUCCAGCUCGCCGCCGCUGUCUCGUCCGUCGGUCUCAUGCUCCGAUCCGGCUCGGCUUCCGCCGGCAUUGUCAAGCUCCGCACCCUCCGCGCGGCCGCUCUCGCCGCGCUCACAGACAUGCUUGUUGCCGCUCCGUCGAGGCUCCCGGCCCUCGUCCGUGCUCCCGCCGCCGCCUCGGGCUACCGCAUCAACCCCAUGCACAUGCUCGCCCACACCGUCCCGCCGCUCGCCCCACUCCCGCCGCUCGCCAACCGCUUCUACUCGCACGGAUCCUUCAUGGGCGCCGCACCCGCCCUCCUCGCCUCGCCGCCCUGGGCCGCCGUUCUCGAGGCCCUCAUGCCCGAUGUUUUUGCCGACGUCGUUGCCGCUGUCUCAUCCCGCGGCGCCACUCGCUCUGCCUCUGUUUCUGGAGUCGUUAUGGCUAUGCUCGAGAACAACCCGGUCCUCGCCGCCUUUGGCGCUUCCGCCGACCCAGAGUGGGUCGCCCCGGUCUUUGAGUGGGACGUCUUCAUCGACCCGGCCCUCUUUGCGCCCGACUCGCCGCCGCUCCCGCCGCAACGCAUCCUCCACUCGCUUGUCAUCGCCCACGGCGCCGCCUCACACCUUGUUGCCGAGCACUUUGGCUUCACCUCGUACGCCUCGGUCGCCUCCACACGCAAGACCGCCGCCGGAGGCGUUGCCGCAGCUGACUGGCUUGAUCUCAUGCGCCGCGCCCUUGACCUCGCUCCGCUCGCUGCUGCUGCUGCCACCGCCCCGGGCGAUCUCGCCGCCGCAGACCUCGCCGCCGCCCUCGCCACCGUUGCCGCAGAGCCUCGCGUCCCUGGCGACGCCACUUUUCUCAAAGUCACCCCUCCGCGGCUCGUCGUCCCUGCCAUUCGCGCCGCCCUUGGCGACGCCCCGCUUGCCCUUGUCCUCGACGUCAAGUCCUUCACUGCCCCGCCAGAUGUCCUCCAGCUGGUCGUCGACGCCUGCAUCGACGUCGGCAUUGACAUUGCCGGCGUCGGCUCAUUCCGCGCUCCGCAGAUCUCUUCCCUCACCUCGACCACGCCGCUCUACUUUUUCCACUUUGCCGGUGAUCUGCAGGCCGCCGCCGCUUCGCUCCCUCGCUCCGCCUCGGUCCUCUUCAACGUCGGCUCGCUCAUCGAAUACUCGCGCCUCCCAUCCUCCUCCUCGUCCAAGCUGGCCUCGUACUCGCUCAACGACAAGGCGCUCGACCAGCUUGCAGACCUCAAGCAGGCCUACGCCCUCCACAUUGGCCUCUACACUCAAGAAUCCGAUCUCGACUUUGCCGCCGCCCGCAUCAUCUUUGAGCUGGCAGACGCCCGUCCGGACCUCUUCGACCUCGGCCUUGCAUGGGGCGGCCUCGCCGCCGCCGCCGCUGCUGACAUCCUUCCCUCCUUUGUCAAGGGCACCAUUGGAACCAUGACCCAGGGCGUUGUCGGCAAGGGCUGGUCCACAAACACCCCAGACGCCCAGAUCGUCGCUCUCCAAGCCCAGCACGCCGCCCUCGCCGAUCGCGUGUCCAAGCUCGAAGCCGACCUCGCUGCCGUCCUCGCCACCACCCGCUCCUGCCCCACAUGCUGCCCCACGGCUGCGUCCUGACCACUGCGCCCUGCUUUACCGUUCCAGCGACAGCGCCGUGUGAGGAAAGAACGAAGGGUCUCGCCGCUCGAGCUUGGCCAGAACGUACCCUUCACGUCCGGUCAGUUCCAGAAAGUCCUUGCCGCGCAAGUGCUCAAACAGCGCCACGUACGCCCACAUCGAGUGCUCGCGCUUGACAUGGUACACAAAUCCGGGCCCAUCGCGCGUCAGGUCGUCGCGCGAGAGUCCGCACACAAAGCACUUGUUCUGGAUGUCGUGCUCCACUGCAUGCUUCCGCGUCCGCAGCGCUGCAAACGUGUCCACAAUGAUGGCGAGGAGGAGGUUGAGGAAGAGGACCACAAACACAAAGUAGUACGAGAGAUCAUACGCCACUCGCCCAUACGAGUGCAUGCGGUCCGGCGUGUACGGAUGCAGCACCAUCUGGUCGCCGAU